AUGAAAGAAAAUCAAACGCCUCAAAAGACCUAUGCUCGCUCAUCCGAGAAGCGUAAUCGCAGAUUGAGGCCUUCCCCUAACUUCAAUAAGACUACAAACAAGUGCUUGAACGCAGCAUUUACAUCCGUUUCUGAAGAUUUUGUGGAUUUUUCUCCAGUAUGUGAGAUAUCAUGUGCUGAUCGCAAUGAAGACGAUACUAUAUCGUUGCUGGAAGAAGCUUCGCCGAAAGCCUUGAUUCCAUCUGAUAUAAGUCCGUCGAAAAAGAACACUGACACUGAGGAAGCAAAAAUUGAUUCCAUUGACUGUUUGAAUGCCUAUGAAUUGGACACUUUCAUGGAGGCUGAGAUUGCUGCAAUUUCUCUGAUCAAAGAUGCAAAACCUGAGGUCUUCAACUCCUGCAAUGCUGCUCCUCAAUAUAGGAAGCUUAUGGAUGAAAUAACCAAGUAUGUCAUAGAAGAUCCCUAUAGAAAAACUGUGCCAGAGGACUUCGAUCGCGUUUAUCAAGUGCUGUCAGCUAAAAAUCGAAUGCUGUUUCUACGUUUCUGCAUUUGGAUUAUCGGAGUAUUAGCGAUAAUUUUCUUCACUUCAGAUAUUCAUUGCCCUUACAGUGGACCAUUUCCAUCUUGA